CCAGUUUCCAAGCCCAAAAGAGAAAGCUUGCCAGAAUCAAAGGUUCUGCUGCUGAAACAAGCAGACAGCAGCCAUGUAUAAUGUCAAUUCUGCAGCAAAAGCUCGCAUAUGCAUCGCAAAUUCAGGGGCUCGUGCCAAACAUCACCUGACUUCGACAUGUGCCGAUUUGCCAUGCUCUGAUAAGUUCACGGCAGCGGCAAGCAACAAGCUGAGCACGCAAAUCUGUCGUAUCCAUCGUUUACUCAGGGGGAAUUGCGAACAGAUGGAGAGUCGAGAUAAGCUCCUGAGCUAGCUUGCGUGCUUUUAAUCGGCUUGUCCCAUGUUCAUCUUCUUCAUUCACUCUACCCAACAACUCAACAUGUACUUGCUGGUCUUGCCCCUUGUCAUCUUGCUGAUGAAGGUGCAGUCAAAGACAAAGAACUGUCAGCAGGUCAUCUUGACAUUCAGAGCCUAUCCAAACAACACGGCCCACCAAGAAAAAACAACCUGUAAAGAUCUAUGCUAUACCCCAGAAAACGCAAUGUACAAUACAGUGAUGAAUUGGAACAGCAAAGCGUUUGGCAUUGACCCACCCAAAUGCUUCGGCGAUGACGGGGCCUGCGUCACUUUUGGUGAGCCAGAUACUGGCAAAGCUGUGAAAGGUCAAAUUCUCCAAUGCACAUGCGAAGCAAGGCUGGAAAUUAUGCGAUGGCACAAGAAAUCCGUUGGGCAGGAUUCGUGUGGCACGAACACCGCAGAGGCUGCUAAACAACUGGCUACACAACUUGGUACUGGCGGCGAAAAGGGCCUGAAAUGGGUGUAUCGGACGAUGAAGCCUGGAAAAUCUGUCUAUUGUGGUCAUCGGAGGAACGCAUGUAAGUGCAUGUACACUGCAGGCACAAAGUGGCCACCCGAAAAAAGCUGUAUUUCUUGAGAGCAAAUGUUCUUCACAUGUUCAACUAAGCCUUAGUUGUCAUAGCAUGCAGGC